GAGGAGGAGGAGGAGGAGGGAGAGGAGGGACUGAGCGAUAGCGACGACGAGGACCAAGACCAGCAGACCGGCAGCGGCGAGGAAGAGGCAAAGGAAGCUGCAGCGGCUGCUGGGCGGGAGCGCAGCGAGAACGCGCGGCUGCAGAGCGCAGGACUGCCUCCCACCUCCGUCCCCGCCGCGGCCGCCCGCGACCGGAGCGGCCGCCGCCCGCCGGGGCCCCCGCCGGGGCCGCUGCCCUGCCUCCCGAGGAUGCCGUCGCCCGAGGAGGAGGAUCGCGAGCGUCGCCGGAGUCGCCGGAGGGACCUUCUGCUGAGCCAGCUCUGCUUCCUGGCCUUGGUGGCGCUGCUGCUCUGGUCGCUGUCAAGCAUGCAAGAGCAUAAUGCUCUUGUGGAGAAAUGUGCUCAGAACAGUUGUCCACGGAAAACAAUUUGGACCCUGGGGAGCAGCUGUCUAAGAAACAGAGGGAAGACUUGGAAGAAUAAUUGUUGUAAAAUGGUUUUAUAUCCCAGCCAUUCAAGUGACCUUGACUUCAUGGAUCUCAUAGGGGAAGACCGACAGUGGACGUUGGGGAGGAAGUUAAUGCAGGUGAAUGACACUCUGACUUCAGAAGACACAGACCUUCGGAGCAGCAAGAACUGCACUGAACCAGCCCUGCAUGAGUUCCCCAGUGACAUCUUCACCAACGAGGACCGGAGACAGGGAGCAGUGGUCCUCCAUGUGCUCUGUGCCAUGUACAUGUUCUACGCACUGGCCAUUGUGUGUGAUGACUUCUUCGUCCCGUCCUUGGAAAAGAUCUGUGAGCGCCUGCACCUCAGUGAAGAUGUGGCUGGCGCCACGUUUAUGGCGGCGGGCAGUUCGGCCCCAGAGCUGUUCACAUCUGUCAUAGGCGUCUUCAUCACCAAGGGUGACGUGGGAGUUGGGACCAUCGUGGGCUCGGCGGUGUUCAAUAUCCUGUGCAUCAUCGGAGUCUGCGGGCUCUUCGCUGGCCAGGUUGUGGCUCUGUCCUCCUGGUGCCUGCUGAGGGAUUCCAUUUACUACACGCUGUCUGUGGUCGCACUCAUCGUGUUCAUUUACGAUGAACAAGUUUCCUGGUGGGAGUCUUUAGUCCUUGUGCUGAUGUAUUUUAUCUACAUUAUCAUCAUGAAAUAUAACGCUUGCAUACAUCAGUGCUUCGAAAGGAGGACGAAAGGUGCUGGAAACAUGGUCAACGGCUUGGCCAGCAAUGCUGAAAUUGAUGACAGCAGCAACUGCGACGCAACUGUGGUGCUACUCAAGAAAGCCAAUUUCCACCGCAAAGCAUCAGUGAUCAUGGUGGAUGAGCUGCUGUCUGCCUACCCACACCAGCUGUCUUUCUCUGAGGCUGGACUUCGAAUCAUGAUCACCAGCCACUUUCCCCCCAAGACCAGACUCUCCAUGGCCAGCCGCAUGUUGAUCAAUGAGAGACAAAGACUGAUAAACAGCAGGGCUUACACCAAUGGAGAAUCUGAGGUGGCCAUCAAAAUCCCAAUUAAACACACCGUGGAGAAUGGGACAGGGCCCAGCAGUGCCCCAGACAGGGGCGUGAAUGGGACUCGGAGGGAUGAUGUUGUUGCCGAGGCUGGCAAUGAGACAGAAAAUGAGAAUGAGGACAACGAGAACAACGAGAAUGACGAAGAGGAAGAGGAGGAUGAGGAGGAUGACGAAGGACCGUACACUCCAUUCGACCCUCCCUCUGGCAAACUGGAGACAGUGAAAUGGGUGUUCACCUGGCCACUGAGUUUUGUCUUAUACUUCACUGUACCCAACUGCAACAAGCCCCGCUGGGAGAAGUGGUUUAUGGUGACAUUUGCUUCCUCCACUCUGUGGAUCGCAGCCUUCUCCUACAUGAUGGUGUGGAUGGUCACAAUCAUCGGUUACACACUGGGGAUUCCUGACGUCAUCAUGGGGAUCACCUUCCUGGCAGCCGGAACCAGUGUGCCUGACUGCAUGGCCAGCCUCAUCGUGGCCAGACAAGGCAUGGGAGACAUGGCCGUGUCCAACUCCAUCGGGAGCAACGUGUUUGACAUCCUCAUUGGCCUCGGUCUCCCCUGGGCCCUGCAGACUCUGGCUGUGGAUUAUGGAUCCUACAUUCGGCUGAACAGCAGGGGACUGAUCUACUCCGUGGGCUUGCUCCUGGCCUCCGUCUUUGUCACAGUGUUUGGCGUUCACCUGAACAAGUGGCAGCUGGACAAGAAGCUGGGGUGCGGAUGCCUUUUCCUGUACGGCGUGUUCCUGUGCUUCUCCAUCAUGACGGAGUUCAACGUGUUCACCUUCGUGAACUUGCCCAUGUGCGGGGAACACUGAUCUACCGGGCCGCCCACCGAGGCUCAGUUCCUUCUUUUCUGUGCAAUACAAGACCCGGCCGCACCCCGAGUCACACGGGCCCCCAAGGGCCGGGCUUCCGUCUCUCCCUUGCUGUUCACAGGCCUCCGCUCCUGCCUCAGUGGCCCAGGCGCCCCCUGCCCCCUCCCUUGCCCCUCCUCCUCCUGGGGUCCUACCUGCCACCCAGCCUUUCUUGCCCACCCCUUCCUGCCUCCUCCGGUGUGAAGACUUUUCAAUAUCCAUGUGAAUUUUCAAGCUCCAUUUUCAACAGUGACUGAGAUUCUAGAAAAACUGGCUGCUAACUGGCCCAAGCCAGGCAAAACUUAUUACAAUCCCUCCUCCUUUUUUAAGUUAUUGGAUGGAAGACUAACCUAAUUUAUGGCCUGAGACUGUCGAAGAGAUAGCGAGGAGAGGGUACAUUGAUUAUAGGGAGUGCUUGGGAUUUUGUUAUGUUUUCAGGUGAUUCCUAGGUUAUGGGUUUGGGGGGUUGUUUCUCUUUGGAGGGGCUCUCCCUUCUGCCCCUUUUCUUCCAGAGAUCGAGAGCUUCUCUUGCAUCUUCUUCCCCUGGGCCCUGGAUUAGUAGAUGAGCCACAGGUUGUCCCCACUGUGUCUUGGGAUCAAAUCCCAAGCAUGUUGGAGCAGGCAUGGAUCUAGUGCUUGUUAGAGGAACAGUUGAGCCAGGCCACCGGGAAAGAUGCAUGACAUUUCAUACCCAAGGGUGCCCCCACAGGCCCAUAGGAGUUACCUGGGGAGCACAAGGUUUUCCGAGGAAGAAGGCAGCUUCCUACAUGUCCAUUAUGACCUUCACUUUCUCACUAGGUUCUUUCUAGUCUUUUAAGCAAUAGUUCUAGCCUGCCUGAGGCCUUUGUCAAGGGUCCCUGGUUGAACAUCUAUCCGUGAGGUACCAGGCAGUCAGCAGCAGAAGCUUCCCAACCUGUGAGUCCCUGAGAUGUGCUGUCAUUGCUUGACAUUUGGGGUGACAGGGAGUAACCCAGAGGCCACCACUGCUUUUUGUGCAGGAAUUACAGACACUGGUUUCUUGGAAAAUGGAGAGAAGCGCACUUUGCACAGACAUCGUCAAUCAAGUCCCACUUUGCCACUUGGUACUGAGUACACUGGACCCUGAAAGCUGGCUCUUGGGCCAGCGUCCUUCCUCCAGGACACCAUGGCCAAGCUGCCCAGCUCCACCCGUCCCCUCCUGGAGGGAUGGCAAGGGAAGGAGAAAACAGAACUGACAUCUUUGAAACCACAGAAUGUGCUAAAUGCAGACAAGCUCAAAGGGCAUAAGUUAUUGUGAACAUUGUUGCCAAUCACUGCUCAACAGCCCUGCUAGAUUUUGUAUGAUGCUGAAUUAUUAUGCAGACUAAUUCCACCAGUUGAGACCCACCCAUGCUUGUUAUACCUGUAUUUAUUGAAACUGUGGACUCUUGCCCGUGCUCCCCCUAUAUUUACUUUAAGCACUGAUCACUUAUAAUUCAUUCGGUAUGGUUUUCUCUGUCCCUUGUACUACACAUUCUGGUCUGAAUUGUAAAAAUAACCUGCUACAAAUUGGUUGAACGUCUCUGUCGAGGGUGCGAAAGGAGGUGAGCAUUAGCCAAUGGGGCACCUGCCUGAUGGAGGCCCGGGAGAGGAAAUCACCAAUUUGGGCUCUCAGAGCUAAGACACACUCAAUGAUUCUGUUGCACACUUUGCACUGGUUUAUGGCGAUUGUUUUCUUGGACGGAUAGUGUAAAAUAAACUUCUCUGUUCUGUA